AGGAAAGCAGCACAUUUAGUGCUAGCAUUGCUAAAACACUUUUAGAAAGUACUUCAAUAAGGAAGCAGUUUGCAUGAUAUAUUGUAUGAACUUUCACCACAGCAACAAAAACCUUUUAUAAAACACAAUAGCAGAGCUUAAAUCAUGAUGGCUCUCAAGGAAAUAGUCAGAAACCACGUCAAAGAAUAACGAAAUCUUCCUCUUUGUACAUAAGACAUGAGCUCAUAACAAUAGAGAUGCAGAUUAACUAAAGCUCUAAUAGAUUUCAACAUUUAAGUAAUAAUACUGUGAGGUCAUUUAAACUUCUGAUCAUGUCCAAGCUUAUAAUCUGGAUAUGAUAUAAAAGCAAGAGAGAGCAGCUGUAGAUUCACCAGUAAGAUUCAACACCAAGUCAAACUCAUCAUGAUCUUCACCAUAACCUGCUUUGCUCUGGUGGCCUCUGCUCUGGGUUGUGGAGUUCCUGCUAUUAAACCACAGAUAAUCGGAAGCAGGAUUGUGAAUGGCCAGAACGCCAUAUCUGGCUCUUGGCCCUGGCAGGUCUCUCUGCAGCUCCCUAAUGGUGUCCAUUUCUGCGGAGGAUCUCUGAUUAACCGGAACUGGGUUCUCACUGCUGCUCACUGCAGCGUUGUAGUUGGAUAUCAUCGUGUUGUUCUUGGAGAACAUGAUCGUGGUUCCAAUGCAGAGCCCAUCCAAGUGAAACUAGUGUCCAAGGUGGUCACGCAUCCUCUUUUCAGCCGCACAACCCUCAACAAUGACAUCGCACUGCUGAAACUUGCGUCUCCAGUCACUCUGACCGCUCGGGUCUCUCCUGUAUGUCUGGCUCCAUCAGCCAUCAACAUCCAGUCUGGAACCCGCUGCUUCACCACUGGAUGGGGCAGAACCGCCAGCACAUCGAGUCCUCGUAUCCUGCAGCAAACAAGCGUCCCCUUAGUUAGUCAUGCCGACUGCAGACAGAUCUGGGGUCGAAACAGAGUUACAGACGCCAUGAUCUGUGCAGGAGGAUCUGGAUCUUCAUCCUGUCGGGGUGAUUCCGGAGGUCCUCUGGUGUGUGAGCGUUCAGGGGUCUGGACUCUGGUGGGCUCUGUGUCCUGGGGUCUCGACACUUGUAACACCCGUUUCCCAGGAGUGUAUGCCCGCAUCUCUCAGCAGCGCUCCUGGAUCAACACGACUGUCACCUCCAAUUAAAGCAGCAGUCUGAAUAUUUAACUCAUAAUCUGAUUUCGGUAACUUGCUGUGGGUCUUUUUAUUAAUCACUAUCAUCAUUCUAGUCAGUCUGAACUUCCUUUAUAUGUUUAAUACUGUUGUCUUGAUUCAUCUGUACAAAUAUUAUCAAUAAAGAAAUUGCAUUGAAA